AAAAAGAACAGUGAAUGUAGUGAAUAGCAGCAAUCAACAAAUGUCUUGUCGUCGUCUCAUAUGUCGAGUUUUACCAGUUUCGUUUGCAUUGUUUUCAUUAAAAUCACAUGUCAACAUUAGUUUUCAUUGAAACACAAGUGACCAAUAAGCGGCAAAAGAAGUGUACAUUACGGAUUGAAGUCCAUGCAGACAGGGAAUACACUUUCCAACCGAGCACUAUCCACACUGUUCGGCGCAGUUGAAAGGAAAACGAUGCUGGAAAAGCAAGAAGAAGAGAUGGAAUUUCGGCAGCAUGCAGGAGCGAGUGGAAAGUAUCGACAGCAGUGCUAAAGGGAGUCAAAAGGCAGACGAAGGGAAAACCAUAAACAACAAACGAUUCCGAAAAGUAUCAUCGCGACGAUAAAACAAAAGCCGCCCGCAGGCAAUAAGAAGAAACGAAAUUCUUCUGGAGCAAACGAAGGAAAAUGGUUUAGUCGAGCAAAUCUGAGCUGGAUACUAUACAAUAAAGUAUAUUAGCUGUAGGUCCGUCUGAAUAGAGACAAAAUGACUUCCAAUCAACGAAAACAGUAUUAUUACUAUCUACUGCUGGCGGCACUUUUCAACUGUCGGCAAGCGUUUGCCUCAAACCAUAUCUUUGUAAAUAACAUAGUUCCUUUGAUAAGUAAUCUAAGUGCUAGUGCGAUAAGUUUUGAUAACAGCAGCAGCAGCAACAGUAAAGUGCCUUCCUCCCCUGUAACUACGUCAGCCGUUUCGGUUCCGGUGUUUUCGUAUGUACCGAUAACGUCUGCCGUUCAGCAGCAGCAGCAGCAAGGACAUGAGCGGGACUAUAGCAUACACGAAUUGACAAAAUUGCUGGAAAUGAAGCUGAAACGAAUACGGAAUCAGGAGCUGGAUGUUCCCGCUGUUCAGGAACUUUACGACACGAUGGAAUUCACAUCCAUGAUUCACAACGAAAUCGAUGAACUAGAAAGGAUCGUGAAGAAGCUUACCACUAAGUUCGAACAAUCGAUCGCAGUCAUUGACCGAUUGAGGACCUUCAUUUACGACUCAAUAACUCGCCAAAGUGCCGAAUAUAACACACUGGUCAGCCCCUGUCCGUACAGUGAGCUGCUCAAUCCGUGGGAUGAUGAACAUCCGUUCGAUCUGCAAAAUUUCAUACACAAUACAAAACUGAUAAACUCUUCCUCCACGCCGAGAUCACUUGUGGGGGAAUCUGGUUUUCUGGAUUUCUCUGCUUUUCCAGCCAGUCUGGAGGAACGCCCAAAGAUCCGAAUCAACGAUCAAACUGUGGAAGACAAUAACCAGCGGUUGCAGAGGAGAUUCCUGGAUCAAAUAGCUCACAUGCAGAGCAACUUUUACAGCAUGAAGCAGCUGUUCUAUCUGUCUGCGUUUGAUCAAGCAAACGCAUUCAAGUGUCACUAUUAUCCGAGAGACGGACGGCUGAAGUCACUGUAUUUGUCAACCGUGAGGAGCAAAUAUUUUGUGAUUCUGCUGGAUAUUGGCAGUUCGGUAAGCACUGACCAGCUGGAGGUAGCGAAAGCGAUCGUCAAGUUUAUGAUCUAUCUGUUGAACGAGCACGAUCGGAUCGCCAUUGUAGCCGUCAGCCAAAAAUUGACCACGACCGAGGGUUACCUAGAUUGCGUUAGUGGUCCUUUUGUGAACGCCACGAUGGACAAUAAGGACCGGCUGCUGGAUUUUAUAGACACACUCAAUAAAACAUCCUCCGCCGCUGGCCACGUGUCGGCCUUCCGGUACGCGUUCGAAGCGAUAGGCGAAGUUUAUCGUGGCGUUGGUGAAGAGCUGCCGGUUGUGUUUCUAUACCUUGGUCGGGCGCUGAUAUCCCCGAUUACAGCAGCUGCGAAAUCAGUGAUUCGAGCUAUUGCGGAAGGACAAUCGAGACUUGCGUUUCCUGUGAUGAUCAACACCUGUUUGAUUCUUCUGGAUGAGCGAGAAGUCACCUACGAGAAACAGUUCAUCGCCGAUAUCACCACGCAGAACUUCGCAAAAUACAACCUCACUGGAAUGUCUACCACUUCUCGCGUGGGGAAGAUGGUGAUGGUUUCGAAGCAUAGUUUUGAUGCCCAGAGAUUCGUAAUAGCUUUGAUGGAGCCUUUUCUGAACGAUCUUCAAAUCGUUGACGAUGGAAUUCGCAUCCAUCUGCCGUACCAUGGGGCAAGCGCGCAUGAUACGUUGGUAACUCUGUCUGUCCCAGUGGGAAUCUAUGGAUUAAUUGGAAUCGACCUCUUUUUGAGCGAUUUGGCGGAGGAUAUUUCCUACUACAAAACAGAUGAUGAAACUUAUGCGUUUCUGAUAGAUCUGCAUGGGAAUACAAUAAUGCAUCCCUCUUUCCCGAGGCCACUGGCAGCUAAAGAAAACUUCUUCGCUACGAAUAUAACGCAUCUUGAGCGAAAGCUAAGUUUGGGUGAUUUACAGGAUAUUCUUUCGAAAGAAAAGGGUAACUUAACAGUGUUCGAAUCAGCAUCCAACCAGAGCACGAUAUAUUUUUGGCAUCGCGCUCGGUUCUACAUCGUUUGCAUUGCCCGAACCGCCCAUUUGGACCGGAAUCCAAACAUUUUACUCAGCGGAACAAGCUCUCGAUUCAGUUCGUCCCAAAUGCAGUACUAUCAUUCGCGCUCGAACAUCGAUUACAGUUUCGUCGUUAGCAAUGGCGUCAGCAGUCACAGUCUAUUGUCAGAUCUGAUUUACCAUCGGAUAGACAUCUAUCCUGCCCAACUUCAGCGACCUUCGUCGAGCAGCACCUCGUCUGAUGCCUUCCCGGAAGAAUUCCCCACGGUAUGUCGACUAAUGAAGCAGCUAGCUCUGGUUGACGAUUCUACGCUCUAUCUCAGUUCGUCCUCAUUUCAAUCACCAUACGCACACAUCCGCAACAACCGCGAAGGCACCAACGACGAAGAAAACGUUCGAACCAUCCAAAACAUUAUGGCUUAUCUGAAGGACACAACGUCACUUUUCGCCAACCCUGGCCUCCUGCCGGAGGUUCGUAGCGAUGUGCUGGCGCUGCUCAAAGUGAUAUCCGGCUAUCGGCGAAAGCACGCCGAAAGCAAACUAAACAAACACAUCAUCCGACGGUACGCCGCCACUAUCAAUGGUGUGCUGGAGGUCUUCCCGGGCGGGUUACUCGAUACCGACAUCGAGCCAACGAAGCGUCCUUGGUUCGUGAAGGCGAUGGAGUAUCCCGGCAAAAUUGUCAUCACGAAACCGUACCUCGAUGCCGGUGGGGCCGGAUACAUUGUGAGCGUGUCCUAUACCAUCUUCGAGGGGAUCGCCGAUGCACUACACAACGUCGAGAAUGAUAAACCGAUAGUGGUGGUGUCGUUGGAUUUCACCCAGGGUUUCUUCUACAAAAUGCUGACGGAAUCGGCCAGCAUUUGCAACGCGGAGAACAUCAAGUGCUUCAUGAUGGAUGAUCGGGGUUAUUUGAUAGCGCACCCGAAGCUGGUCGAACCGGCGAUAAACAACAACAACAGACGAAUGUUAGAGCACAUCACCCACAAGGAGUCUCAGGUUGCAAAUGAUAUUUUGAAUCACAAGCAGCUGGUGACGAAGAAGAUGUGCUACAACUACGUCAACCGGACGAUACAGCGGUUCUAUCAGUUCAACAUGUCGCUGACCGAGGUGGUGACCAAUCUGAUGUACGGUGAGAGGACAAAGUACCAGAUUAUGCUCGUUCCGGGAACGAACCUGUUCAUCGGUGUUGUGAACUCUACCAACGACGGCGGAGCGUUUUGUCCGUGCAGUACGGUCGGUAAUUCGUGUCUCAACUGCAACCGGAUGGAGCAAACUGAAUGCGAAUGUCCAUGCGAGUGCCCGCUGCACUACCACGAAUCGGAAAAUGAAACAUGCCUAAAUAGUAGCCCCUCCGAUGGCCGUAAGCCCAUCACUCCGCAUUCCUACCCUCUAUGCUCACCACUGCCCGAGGAACUAAUCUCUAUGAGCGCUCUAAACUACGAGAGCGAAUACGAGCUGAAGAGUUGCACCAACAUCAAUUGUGAGGAUUACACCACGCAGAGCGAAUGUCUAGGACUGGUUGGCUGCGAAUGGUGCCAAGUGGAUAUCGACGGAGAAAACGCUCUCACCACGCCAUUCUGUACGUCACAGUUAACCUGCUUCAAUGGAGUUUUCGGAUCGGCUACGCCAUACGGAGACGUGAUGAGUAACAAUAUCAUGGAAUCAGUGUUGCCCCCAGCUUACAGUGCAAUCGGACCCGUGGCUGGGGCAAUCCUCGCCCUUUGUCUCGUGGUGGGAUUUGCCAUGUACUGUUAUCGCCAGAACAGCGACCAGAGUGGAACCUCCGAUCAAAUGUACGAUGAUUUGGUUGGUGAUCAUUGUAACGGUUUACCGUUGUCGAGAUUCGACAUCGAGGAUAGCAGCCCACCCGAUGAUUGCGAUAUCAGUCGAACGAACGCCAAACAAAAUUUGCUAAUGAAUGGACAAAACGAAGCCAACUGCAUGAUCUUCCCGAAUGUAACCUCCCCGUAUCAAAUGUCUUCCAAUUACCGUCGACCAAACGCAGGUUCUUCGGAUCACGGUUACUCGACCAUGACACAUCACGAAGAAUCGGAACACCUGUGUUUGUCAAAUGCCGAACCAGUUGCACCCAACGCCACCGCUAAACGGCUCUCAAUUUCUGACUCGGCUUCCAUCAACACAUCGGUUUCGAGUCCGUACAGCAAUCACCAGAAUUUCCUUCCGUCGGCGAAGCAAUCAUCGUUACACCAUCAGGAUGAUGGGAUAGUGCAAAAAUUGCCCGAUCCGACGCAAACCGUUUUGCCUUCACCGACCUCCGUCUCGCGGACGGGUAUUUACGGGGGAGGCCACUACAUACUGGUCCCGGUGACCGUCCAUCGGAACAUGGAUGUUUCCUAACGAACUGUGCUAAGGCUAUUUAUUACCUAGGUGUUAAUCAUCGGCGACCUGUGGUUGUUCUGAGUGUAACAUUUCCUACUUGUCUAACACAAAGUUUAACUGUAAGUAUUAGUGUAUAUGUACGGUAAGUUUAAACUUUUCCUGCUGAAUGUACCUUGAAAGCAACCCGCCAAUUGUGGCGACCAUAGAUUUCCCACGACAAGCUUCCUCAUCGUUCUUAGUCGUUUGUGUUUCACCUAGCUAAACGGAACAAAUAAGGUUCAUGUAGCUUUCGUGCAAUUCCAGCCUUGUCUUCCACUGUCGAUGAUUUUGAGAAAAUGAUUUCAAUAAUUAUAUAUGACAUCAUCCAUCACCCCCAUUCUCCCACUUCAUCACGUCUAUCUCACACAAUGUUGACUGAUUGUUAAACAUAUUUAUAAGCAUUUGAAUAUUCAGAUUUAAAAUACAUCUGGCUAUUGCCAUGGAAGAAAGAGAUUGCAAGAAAUCGGUAAAUGUGCUUGCCAAGCUAAAUGUUGUGAACAUUAACACGGAACACAGGCAGUUGGACGUCACUUUAAAAAAAACAGUCGUCAAAAACAGACUGAACAAAUCAGCAUCAAUUGGAAACCUGCGUAUCGAUACCGGAAGGUAGGAACAACGAACUUUACGAGCAUUCUUUUCUAUAUGUCAAUUCAAAAUAUACUUAACUGUAGAAGAAUGAUUGUUGCUUUCCCUUCUUUGCAAAAAGUGAAAAAUUGAUGAUCAUCGUUUAGAACUUACCGAAUACGUGGAAUAGAGGAAUAGUAAUAUGAUGGCCAAUUUGUUGAACUGGCAAAAACGGAACUAGUUAGAAAAUGAUCGAACCCUAAAACGAACGAAACACAGUCUAUUCAAGUCAGCCGGAGAUUGUUUUGCCAAGAUCGUGUUGUGAAUUUUAGCAUGUUUCAAGAUUAGAGGUAGAUAAAUUUAUAUAUAACUUGCUGCUAUCCUAUUUUUUAUACAUAUUUAGUGGUAAUUUAAUGUGAUUAUUUUAAGUUUUUUUUACCAGAUCGAUGUAUACUAUUUUUUAUGUGCAAAUAAAGAAUGCAACGA